AUGUCAGAAAUCCCAGAACCACGUGUAAUCGAGAACCCUGAUGGUUCCAAACUCAUUAUCUCAUUUAAAAUUGAGGGAGGAAAGAAACUAAAAAUAACACAGAAGGUUAAGGAAAUUACCAUCACAGAAAAGGUGAAUAAGUCAAUUGCAGAAAGGAGGAAAUGGGCUAAGUUUGGUGCGGAAUCUAAUUCGCCCCCAGGUCCUAAUUUGUCCACAACAAAACUGGGUGAAGAACUGUACUUGAGAUUAGCGCCUUCAUGGAAGGAGGUUAAGACGCAAGAUGAGAAAGAAAAGGAGAAGGAAAAGCAAGAUGGAGAAAAGAGCUUCUAUGUAUGUCGUACUUGUGGUAUCCCUGGUCAUUUCACGGCUAAGUGUCCAUUUAAGGAGAUUUUGGGAGAAAUGGGUACUCCAUCUGAAUCUGAAGCUGCUGUUGAUGCAGCCACCGACUCUGCUGCAACCCCAGCUACUAUGGGUUCUGGUAAAUACGUUCCACCAACUCGUCGUGUUGGAGGUCGCGAUCCAUCUUCUGAUGCAUACAAGGACCAGAGGGAGCGCGAUGAUGCGAUGACUUUGAAAAUUUCUCAAUUAAACGAAAAUGCUGACGAAGUUACUAUCAAGCAGAAGUUACUAUCGCCCUUCCCCAAUAUUCCUCGGAUUUCUCUUGUCAGAAACAAGGAAACUGGUAAAUCGCGUGGUGUAGCGUACGUUACGUUUGUUUCUGAGCAAGAAGCAGAGACUGCUCUAAGAUUAUUAGACGGCAGAGGUUUCAUGAACUUAAUUUUACACGCGGAAUGGUCGAAGCCUAAAGUUAAGUAA